CUCGAAUGUCAACAAUGUAGCUCCUGGGAGAAGGCGUUUCAUAAGCGAUACAAACAGCAGAGGAGGCUGCACGCUGUUUUUCAAAAGGACAAAACGCGUAACAUUCACUGAAUAGCAAUUGUAAUAGUGUAACCACUCUUUUACACGUUAUAAAACAAAAUAUUGAUGACUAUUGAAAAACACGCGGUUUCAGCAGUUUGGAGGGGGUGCUGCUGAAGUCACCAUGUGGAACCAUUCUAAUUUGUAAGAGACCAACGGAGCGCUGACGUGCAAGAAAACGGGAAAGUUACGGACGUGAGCAGGAUGUCUGCGGAUGAGGGGGCUCAUGCCCACGUCAGGUCCGGGGAUGCUCCCAUGUACGUGUAUGAGUCAACGGUGCACUGUGCCAACGUGCUGCUGAGUCUGGAGGACCAGCGGCGGCAGGACAUCCUGUGUGAUGUGACGGUGGUGGUGGAGGGGACGGAGAUCAGGGCCCACAGGGCCGUCCUGGCAGCCAGCAGCAGAUACUUCCUACAGGUGCUGCUGGGACACACACACCCCGAGCAGGAGCCAAUCAUCAGCCUGUCUGACAAGGUCACAGCCAGGGGGUUUGCCCCGCUGCUACAGUUUGCCUACACAGCCAAGCUGGUUCUGAGCAAAGAGAACAUCCAUGAGGUGAUCCGCUGUGCUGACUUCCUGGGCGUUCACAACCUAGAGGACUCCUGCUUCCGCUUUCUGCAGGCCCAGCUGCACAGCGACACAGCUGAUCACAACAAUGGCCUUCUCUGCCGCAAGGAGCACACCGAUGACCUCAUCACAGAGAUGGACGGUAGUGGUGGUUCCGCAUCGUCGGAGAAGCUCAGGGUGACGUCAUCCUCAGCGACGAGGCGGCGGCCCAAUCACUCAACCCUCACGUCCCUCACCAGCAGCCUGACCUCUGACCUCCCACGAUGCCCCAAAUACAGGAAGUACCAGCAGGCCUGCGCCAAGCACAGCGGAGAGAAUGACGACGAUGACAGCGUCACCUCAGCCUCCUCGUCACACUGCCAUACCUCAACCUCCCCAGGCCCUCUCUCAGAGACCAGCAGCACCCGUCAAGGGGGACAACCUCACCCCCUCUCCCCCUCCAGAAUCAAAGAGGAACCCCGCUCCUGGGGCGAGGGAGAGGGGAGUCCCCCAGGACUGUCAGAGGAUAGCCAGGAUGUCCUGGAGAUGGAGAUGUGGCCGGAGCCCUCAGAGCGUCCCCCCAGCAGAGGCUCACCAUCCUGCCUGAGCUCCUACCUCCAGAGGGGCCUCCUGGAUCUCAGUAACCCAGACAGCACUCUACCUACCACUCCUCUCACCCAGCAGCUACUGAACAAUGAACGCUCAUUAGCCCAUAACAGGGAUAGGGACAGGAACAGGGGGGCAUUUCAAGGUGAGGGUGGAAGGGACCUCAGGGCGGGGUCUGCAGGGACAGUGCAUUUGUCUGUGGAUGGUGUGACUAUGCAACCUCUGCCCUCAGAUGGUCUCAGCAAGCAGGAAGUAGAGUUGGAUCGCCGUAGCAGCGUCAUCUUCUCCUCUGGAGUGUGCGACCGCCUGGGAACACCGUCUCAAUCCUACUGCGACCGGAAGUCUCUGGAAAAAGAUCUGUUGGAGAUCACAUCAAAAUCCCUGUGGACAGGUGUUAGUCAGUCCUUCCCCUGCCGCCAGCCUUACUCUCCCCUAUCCUCCUCCACCACCCUCACCACGGUCCUCCAGGACCCCCUGCCGACAGUGGCCUGCCGAGCGCAACCCACGACCAGCUGUCCUCUGCCCAUUAAGAUUUCCCCCCGCUCCCCUCCAUGCGAGCCCCGCACACGCACCUCAAGCUCCUGCUCAUCUUUCUCUUACCUGGAGGACGUGGGCAGUGGGGACUCGCCCUCCAACAUGCCCCAGUUUGAGUUCUCCUCCUCCCCAUGCUCUGUGUCGGGCUCUGGCCUGGCUCGCUGUCUGGUGGGGGAGCAGAGGGAGCACGGUGGGAUGGUGGUGGGGGAAGCCAUCUUCUCUCAGGGCCGUGCCAAGAUCAAGUGUGAACGUUCGUAUGGGGCCAACUCCAGUGAUGAAUCUGGGUCCUUCUCAGAGGGAGACAGUGAGUCCGGCCCUGCCAGAGAGCCAGGCCCUGAGGUCAAACUUCCAUUCCCGGUGGAUCAGAUCACCAACCUUCCCCGUAAUGACUUCCAGAUCAUGAUAAAGAUGCACAAACUGACCUCAGAGCAGCUGGAGUUCAUUCACGACAUCCGGCGGCGCAGUAAGAACCGCAUCGCCGCCCAGCGCUGCCGCAAGAGGAAGCUAGACUGCAUCCAGAACCUGGAGGUGGAGAUACGCAAAUUGGUGCAUGAGAAGGAGAAGCUACUGAGUGAGAGGAACCAGCUGAAGGUGUGUAUGGGUGAGCUGUGGCAGAACCUCUCCUACCUGUCCCAGGCUGUGUCCCAGGAGGUGUGCAGGGAGGUGCAGGGGAACCCCGAGAAGACCAAAGCCCUGCUCCCUACACACAGGCCAAGCGAUCCCAUCGCUGCCACCAACAGCAUCUCCAUCAUGGCCAGCAUCGACCUCACUUCCAACCCAAGCUCCCCAACCUCAGAGGGCAGCCUGGCCAAGUCACCCUGCUCCUAUGAAAGCCCUGUGGAGAGAGAUGUUGGCUCUGGGCAGAGGCUUAGGAGGGGUCAGGGCGGUGUGGAGACAGAGGUGUCUGUCCUGGGGCAGAAGGACCCGGAGUCUUCCCUAGAGCCUGGAGCAUCUCCGGGUGUGUGUAGCCCCACUGUUUCGGUGGAUUUCUGUCAAGAGAUGACUGAGAAAUGCACGACAGAAGAACAGCCCGGACAGGCCUGUACCUAGCUAGCAACGACUGAAUAGCUAGCAACCAUUAGUGUUUUUAUUGUUAUUAUGACACACAUCUCUACCUUGAUAUGUAUAAAAUUUGAAAUACAUUUGUUAUGUGUGUUUUUUAAAGGAUGACACUACAGUUGUCUUAUCAGCAAUACUGUUAAAACAGGUAUUUGGAGUUAUCAAACUCCUUAAGACAUAGCACUGGCAGCUUCCCCCUCUCUCUUUAUCUCUCCACCCAGCUAGCACAUUUAAUUCGUUGGAAGUUGUGGCAAUGUAUGUUUUUGGUUUCACAUUCAUUGUGGGAACGAAGCCAUACGUUUCCUGACCGGUAAAACUGAACGUUUUUUAAAUGAGAAUAGAAGGGAACAUUUUGCCUGUUCUGGGAAUGUUUAUUUUUCGGUUGCAGGGAAGUUAUGAUAACGUCUUACUAUGGUUCCUAGAACGUUUUCCUGGGAGAUUUUAACGCUCUGAGAGCAGAAAUGAUUGGUUAUUUGGAGGUUUUUGAAUGACUUCCUUAAAACUUUCAUUAAGAUGUUUAAUAACACUGCUAGCUUAUUUUGUGUUAACUUUUUUGAACUCCAAGCACAGAUAAGAUACAUGGAAAUGUAUUUCCUUAGGCAUUAAUCAUGCAAACGCAAUUAUAUUUUAUUGUGACACGGCAUCAGUGAGAUUCAAACCUUUAGUCUUCUGUUCUAUAUCCAUGGAAUUAGUCCACUGCACCACCAGGAUGGAGCAAGCAUGCCAUGUUUUUUACGCAUUCAAAACUGUUCAUUUUUGUCUAUUCAAACAGACCCCAUUUCAAGGAAAACAAGCACUCGUUAAGAUCAGGUGUGGCCGAUAAGUGGGUGCGGUUAACACACCUGAACACGCUUAACAAGAUAGAGGAUAGAGAGAGUUUUGUUGUUGCUGAGAACGGAAUGUAUAUGUUAACAUGUAUAUGUUACUAAAGUUUUCUUGUGAUUUUUAUGGAAAGGUUUUUCACCUUCUGAGAAUGGAAUGUAUGUUUUUAAAUAACAUUCUUAGAACGUUCUCUGAACGUUACUAAAGUUUUCUUGUGUUUUUUUGUACGGAAAGUUUUCUUAACGUUUUCUGAACAAUUUGAGAACAUUACUUUAAAUGGAACCAUGAGGAAACCUGUAGGAAACGUUAUACUGAAGUACCGAAAUUCCCUCAGAAGAACAUUGUUUCUUAACGUUCUCUGAACAAUUUGAGAACAUUCCCAAUGUCAAACCAGUUGGAAAAUGUUCCUAGAACAUUACCAAAAUUGAAAUGAAAUGUAACCACGUUGAACUUUUAGGAAACGUUCUCUUAAAAGUAAUGAAAUACCAAUAAAAUAACUUAUUGUCAAGUUCCUUAAAUGUGCUGAGAAUGUUCCAAAGCCAAGCAACUAUUAUGCACCAUAAUAGUACAAAGUACAUAAUAGUUACAACCUUUGGAAAGGUUGUAAGCAAAAUAGGACAACCACACUCUCACCAAGUUCUAAGAAACAUAUAGUUCUCAGAACAUUAUGUGCUAGCUGGGUAUACAUUUCUCUCUCUCUCUCUCUCUCUCUCUCUCUCUCUCUCUCUCUCUCCCUUACUCACUCCCUGGCUCUCAUCAUGGGAGAUUAAACUCAGGAAUUCCUCUGAAUGUUCAAUAAUGUCUCUGUAAAAAGCUAUUUCAUUACAAAUUGUACAUCUGAAGAGUUCUUCUGUACAGCUGAGAGUAGAAUUAACUCUCAUAUGCAAAGUUUCCUUCAGUUCUUAUUUCUCACUUUCUUUUCCCUGCAUACAUGUUUUUUAUGAACAUUCCUCUUUUGCCUGUGACACACAGUAGCAUCUGUUGUGAAAGAAAGAAUGAAAGAAAUAAAUAAAUGCAGGAAUCAACAUACCGUAGCUAAAGAUGAAAAUGGAAAUAAAUAAAAAUGACCUGCACCAUUCAGCACCUCAAAGAGGUAACAUAUCCCUACCAAAUGCAUUGAAAUUGGCACUUAGAAAUGAAAACUCCCAAGCCAAGUACUUACUUAACUUAUAUUCAACAAAUAUUAAUGGUGUCAAAGACUAUCAUACUUAUCUGAAACAUAUUGCGCUUUUAGGGGUAGAAAUGUACCUUCCCACAUGUAGUGAAAAUGUAGUAUUUCGUCCUGAGGUAUAUUUAGUGUAAAUCAGAUGUAUUAAAGUAUUGGGGCAUAAGUGGAAGGCACCACAUAUUCCUUGUUUGAUAAUCCAUAUAAAUUCUUAAAUAUAAGAGUGCAAUUUAUCCUCUAAACUUGUCCAGUAUUCCUAAUGGUGUAUUAUCAAGUGAAAUGUUAAAAAACGAAUUCAAAGAGAUGCUUAGAUAGUUGUUGAUCCAUGGUAAUGCCAAAUGAUUCCAUUGUGGAAGAUAGUUCUGUAGCAUGUGUCAGGGUUAGCUUAGUGGUUUCUUUGUUGAUUUCUCUAGGAACUUUCAAAUGUCACAUUCGGGGAACCUCAUUGACAUCUGUUAGUUUUCCUCACAGUACAAAGUACCAAUGACAGAGCUCCACAGAAUGUACUGUUACUCUAACUACAUUGAAUAUACUUAGCACCCCAUUUUGAUAUUUUUGAAUUUAGAAAAGAAAUAUGAACAUGUUGUUAAAUUAAUUCAUUUUAACAAUGUUUCCUAUGAGGAUUAUUUGUUGGUACAAAUGUAAACUUCCUAAUAUUGAUUCUAGUGUUUUUUAAUGGUUGUUGUUUUUACUGACAAUUUGGAUGAAAGAGAAGUCUUUUGUGUGUUGUAUAAUUCACAAUGUCCUUAUUUAGUACAAAUUAAGCGAUGGUUUAAAAGAGGUGAAAGUGUUUACAAAUGUCUUUGUUACAUGUUUUCGUUUUUUAAGGAUUUUUCCAUGACAAGAGACUUUGUGUAAUUGGUUCGAUAAGUUCGAUUUUUUUUAAAACAGUUUUUAAAAUGGAACAUAAAAUUGUACGUGGAUGAUGUGUUCACACAAGAUUUUAAAAAGUACAUGUUUGACAAAUGCAGCUCCAAGUCUUGCCUUAGAGGUUUCAGAGGCCAAAACUCAUGUGAAAGGGCCCGGAAGGUGUCAAGUUAAAACCAUACUGUAGGAAAAUAACAUUCUGUCCGUACCAUGAAAAAUGAUUGAUUUGAGUGCAAACAAAUUGUUUACUUGUUGGGGGAAAACAUAAUUGCAUUUUUCUUUUAAUGUGCAUUAACAAUGUAAUUUUUCCACAGUAAAGGUUUGAUUGAAUCCCAACACUGGGAAUCCCAUCCCAGUGUAUGCGGAGGUCAUGCCUCGUUGGAACAUAAUGGAACUCUCACACUUAUCUACCUGUAAAAUUCGGCAUACCUCUCGUUUUGGGUCUCGGACUGUAUUGUAGGAAUAAGUUGUAUGUGGUGUUGUUUCUAUUUUUACACACACAGUGGUUAUUAUUGUAUUUGUAGAUUUCUGGUGAUCCAUUUUUUAUGUGUAAUUUGAGUAAACUGCAAAACUGCAGAUUCAGCUGUUUCGCUUUUCCCAUUUUAUCUUUCCCAUUUUAUCUUUGAAUGUUCAAAUUGCUAUAUUGUUUGCUAUAUUGUAAAUAGGGUGUAACUGUGUUUUUUGUUCAUUUGAUAUCCAAGUGUUUUGGAAGAAGAAACAAUGUUUUGUAAAGACAACAUUUCUGUUUAUGGAUUAAAACAAAUAGCAUGUGUCAA